UUGCCUACUGACGCCCGAGCUGGGUUCAUCUCUGCGUGUGUGUGACGCGCACGGGGGUGUGUGUGUGUGCUUGUGACGGCAGCUGCGGCGGCAGCAGCAGCAGCAGGGGAGGACGGAUCAAAGAGAUUGUAGGACACGAUGCAUUUAGCUGCCUAAUGUCUCUGCGCACACACCGCAGCCGGCUAAACGAGAACACGCUCAUACUACGCGCAUCUGCACGCAGCCCACCCCACACACACACCACGCGUGUGUGGGGACAGCGCAGAUGAGGCAACCACCAAAGGGAGGUGUGGAUCUUUCCAGAAGCGUUUGGUAGGGGGAGAGGACAGCCUUGGUGGCCGUUGCCCAGCAGGAGCGGUCGUAGGUGGGGAAGGGUCAAACCGGCUUCCACUACCUUCGGUUUUCUUCAUAGCUCUGGAAACGCCAAAGAUGGACACGUCCUUCAUCUUUCUAUUCUUCACGCCAGUGUGUGUUUCCUCCGUGCUGCGUCGCUGUCGCCGGGCUUGUCUGCCAGCCGCAGGGGGAUUCGAAAUCGUGCGGUGUUGAGAAACGCACACACAGAACACACCUGGAGAUCAGCUGUUCCGGGAGAGCAGAUUCACUGAUACCGCAGUCUCUCUGCUGUGCUGAAGGAUGGAUUCAGGGGAAGACGAGUGCACACAUUUCCUGCAGUACGUGGAGGACAGCGGUCUGAGGGCGUAUGACGAGCUGGUAAUCCAGAACGCCUCUGACAUCGCCCGAGAGAGCGACCGUGUCCGCAACCACACACACUGGACAUACCUACAGGAGAAAAACCAGAAGAAGAGACGGCAGGAGGAAGCUAUCAAGAGGAUUGGCGAGGAUGUGGCCCGUGUGACGGAAGGAGGGGGAUACGCUGGCAAACACUUUCGUAUGGGCUUCAUGACGAUGCCGGCCCCUCAGGACCGCAUUCCUCCUCCCUGCGGGCCAGGCUUCACCGUACGCUCGCAGUCUCUGCACUCAGUGGGAGGGGGAGAAGAGGAGGGAAGUCCCACCUCGAGAAAACAGCCCCCGCCCAAACCCAGACGAGAUCCCAACACCAAACUCAGCACCUCCUCUGAGACCGUCAACACUGGGCUCAGCACGGGGAAGAGUGGGAAGGAAAUAGACCAAUGUGACGCAUCUAAAUCCCGCCCCUGCAGUGAGGAGUACCGUCGCAUGCCUCCACCCAAACCCAAACGCAACCCCAACACCCAACUCAGCACAUCCUUUGACGAGUCUUACAUCCAAAACCAUUGCAGCAAGGCUAAGUCCGCCUCUCUGCCGCGGCAACACAAAAAGAAGUCUGCGUCUCAGAAUCAAAGCCCUGCCCCUGACACUGACGAUGAGACGGAACCUGUUUAUAUAGAGAUGGUGGGGAACAUCUUACGAGACUUCAGUCGAAUUGCCGGCGCUAAUGGUGAUGAAGAGGAUGACCAAGGUGAAAGUGUGUACGAGGAGAUGAAAUAUCCUGCCGAUGAUUUACCUUCAUCUUUAGACCACGCGCAGUCGCGAUGGGAGCAAUGUCCCACUGCUUUGGUGCCGGAAGUCGAACUUACACGACCCACCACUCCACGUGGUUCGGUGUGUGACAUUCCCGCCCCGUUCCCGAAUCUGCUUUCCCAUCGGCCUCCUCUACUAGUAUUCCCACCUGCACCAGCCCAAUGUUCCCCCAACUCUGACGAAUCCCCUCUUACUCCAUUGGAUGUCACCAAACUGCCCAUGUUGGAGAAAGUCGGGUAUGGGAAACCUGGUGCAUCCCCAACUAGCUCUGACCCUGGACCACAGCUAGAGCCGCAGCAGGUGUCUGGUAAACACCACCACCACCACCACCACCACCAUCAUCAUCAUCAUAAGAAGAAGUCAGCAGAGACUAAGGAGCAACAAACAAUCACAGCAUCAGGACGGUCCUCUGCUCCACCCCUGCCAUCUGCACUGUAUAAAAGCGGCGGGUCAUCUGCUGCGCAUGGCUACCCAAGGAGCCACUCCGCCUGCCCGUCCCCUGUCAGUAUGGGUCGCGCAUUAACGCCACUCACCCUGAAGCGCCCCCCGCCGUAUGACGUUCUCAUGACCGGGACGAUUCCUCGCAGUGCAUCUGGAGUUCCGCAUGGAUCACGUGAGAGCGGGCGGCUCUCGAAUUCCUCUAGUGUGCACGGAGGGUCCAUGCAAAAUGUCUCCACUGCGUCAGGCUCAAGCUCAGGGUCGGGAGGUCGAGGCAGUCGUACGCCAACCAGUCCUUUGGAUGAGCUCAGCAACUUGUUCUCUUCCGGACGUAACAUGUUGAAGAAAGGUUCUGGAAGCCGCAAGAGUAAGGAGUCAGCGGAUGGUGAAAGUAAAGGCAGAAGUGACAGCAGGGACAGAGCCCUUUGUAGCUCUUCUCCAAAAUCACAGGAUUGGGAAACGCCCACAGGACAAUCAGCCACGCCCAGUCGUUUUGGCCGCUCCUCUAUCAGUCCAACCACCAUGCUCGGAGAAACAAAAGCCGGGUGUAAACUCGGUCGCUCUGCAUCCACAUCAGGAGUCCCGUCCCCUGUGGGAACGCCCCAAAGACACGCCUCCGACACCUCCGCCCAUCCGUGCGGGACCCCGUUCCAGAUGCCCCCAAUGCCCUGGGCAUGUGGGGACAGCACCAUGAUGGAGAUGAUCGAGAAGAAACGUCACCUGUGCAAGGAGAUAAAAGCCAGACAGAGACCUUCAGACAAAGCCCUGUGCAAGCAGGACAGCAUGCCCAUCCUGCCCAGCUGGAAGAAGACCAACGGGGGCAAGAAAUACGGGCCCCCUCCGUACUCCACCCAAACCACUGUCUUCUGGGACACUGCUAUAUAAAGAGUGACCAGUGAACUACAGCCAUGGAGACUGAGGGGGCGUGUCUAAAUAUUGAUUGACAGCUAACAGGAAGCGGGACUAAGCGAAAUGCACGGUGAUGGAUUAUCAAAACUCCCUGGUUUCCUAUCGCUGUUUAUAUUUGAUAUUUUUAUAUUGGAGAUAACGUUAACUGUCUUAAUAUAAAAUAUGAUUGGCGGUUUUAUAAAGAGGAACUCUCGAAAUGAGAUCUAAGAGUGAA